AUUCAUGUGUUGGCAGAUGCUAUAUCGAGAUUCCUAUGAAUACUCCUAAAAGGUUAUGUGGCCUAACGAAUGAGUAUAACAACAGCUAUUGCAAUGCGGUAAUCCAAUGUUUAUAUUCGCUAUCCUUUGUGAGAGAUGCCUUAAUAUAUAUGCAAAACAGUUAUACCCUAGCAUCGCGUACAUUGGGAAGGUUGUACCUGAGCUACGACAGUCCGAGCGGUAUACAAUCUCCUAACGAUCUGUUAGCUGCACUUGGAUACAUUAAUGGUGAUACUUCAAUUGGUAUUCUAGAGGACGCACAUGAAUUUUGUAUUUAUCUAUUGAACACCAUCAUUGAUGAAACUCGUGCUUUAGGCAACCAUGGGUAUUCACUAGGUCCUUUCAACGAAGUUUUUGGUACUAUUAGUGAUAGUGUCCCAGAUAUAAUUCCAUUGAAUCCUGUACCGCGGACAUGGAUUAACUCUUGUUUUGAGGGUACUCUAAGAUCUGAGAUUAAGUGUCGUUACUGUGGUAGAGCAGGGUACGAAUUGCACCAUUUUCUGUCGUUAUCUGUUGAUAUCAUUGAAGGAUGUGAUGUGCUGUCGUGUAUUCAACAAUACACUGAGUGGUCCUCGGUUUCUCCACAAGAUCAAUACCAAUGUACAUCGUGUGGUUGCCAUGGUUGUAUAACACGCCGGGAUAAUUUUGAGUUGUUACCUCCCGUGUUAAUCAUACGACUAAAUAGGUUUAUUUUGAAUACAUAUGUUACGAACGACGACUACUUAUAUUUCUACGAGAGGCUCCCCUAUCCAGUAGUCAUUAACCGUAACUUCGAUAUAGAAGAUAUGUACCACGCUGAUCCUGUUUCAUAUACGCUUUUUGCGAUAGUAUCGCAUUUUGGCGACUCACCAUAUGAAGGCCACUAUAUGGCAUCCACCUAUAUAGAAGGUCAAUGGUACCGGUGCGAUGACGACAGAGUAUCAGUAAUAAGUAACCUCAGUGCUGAGUUAGGAAUUGAGAAUAGUAGCGGCAAUGCACACAGUUACAUUUUAUUCUAUCGAAGUGCUUCUAUAGGUUAAGCACUUAUAAAACACUGCUUGCAAUAUGGU